AUGAAUCCAUCUCUCAGCCUCCUGCUGCUUCUGCUGCUGGGUCUCUCCCAGGCUGAUCCUAUGAUGGAGGAAGACAGUGAACCAGAGGACCUGGAGGGUGAAAAUGAGGCUGGUGAUAUAGACAUCACCACCAGGAUUCUGACCACCAACAACGUAUCCAGUGAGUUCCUGCUGGAGGGAGACCUGAUCGCACCCAAAACCAGAAAUGCUAUGGUCUGUUGGGGCGGCAGCUGCUUGUGGAGGAAAAACAGGAAUGGCUAUGUCGUCGUUCCCUACAUAGUGAGCAAUGCCUUCUCUGGCUCUGAUAAACAAUUGAUCGACACUGGCUUGAAGUCCUUCCACGGGAGCACCUGCAUCCGCUUUGUGCCUCGAAGCAACGAGUACGACUACAUCAGCGUCGAGAACAGAGACGGGUGCUUCUCUUCUCUGGGCAGACAGGGAGGUGGACAGGUGCUGUCUCUCAACAGGCAGGGCUGCCUCUACCAUGGCAUCGUCCAACAUGAGGUCAACCAUGCUCUGGGCUUCCAGCAUGAGCAGACCAGGAGCGACCGCGACGGCUACGUCAGGAUCAACUGGCAGAACAUCAUCCCAAAUACGGCCUACAACUUCCAUAGACAGAACACCAACAACCUGAACACUCCCUACGACUACUCCUCUGUCAUGCACUAUGGCAGAACGGCCUUUGCUGUGGCGUAUGGAUUGGAAACCAUCACCCCCAUCCCCAACCCCAAUGUGCAGAUCGGCCAGAGAAGGGGCAUGUCCCGCCUUGACAUCCAGAGGAUCAACCGACUCUACCGCUGCUAA